AUGGCAAGUCCAGAUAGAAGUAAACGGAAGAUUUUAAAAGCCAAGAAAACAAUGCCUGUAAGUUGCCGGAAGCAAGUAGAGAUCCUGAAUAAGUCAAGGAAAGUUGAAGCACUAAAAACAGCGGCAAUUGAGAAUAAUAUAUCAAGUGAUAAUCAGAAUUCAAGUACUGAUGUCAUAAGUAGCAAAUGUAGACAUUCUGAAAAUGAUGCUUCCUCAUGGAACUCCAUCAGAAAUUCAGUAUGUGAACCAAAAAGUAAAGAAGUUUCUCAGAAUUUAAUAAAACCACUAGAAAUUAUUGAUUCAGAAGCAAGAUUGGAAUACACAGAAGAACAAGUUGUGUACCCUUAUGAAAAGCCAAGUAAAACAGUAGCAUUUCCUGGGAAACUCUUUAUACACGAGGCAAAAAAUUCACAGAAUACUUAUGAAAAUCAUUUUGAAUGUCAGGCAAGUGUAACAAGAUCCUUUUUUGAACAUAAAGAAGAUUGUAAUCUGAAAUCCAUUUGCCAUUUAUCCAGUGUAUUGAGUGGUAUAGUUCAAAUUCCAAAGUCUACAAAAACAAAUACCUUGGAUGAUAAGAGAAUUGACAAGAUAGUUUCCUAUUUAGAAGCAAAUUCCAGUGCUGAAUUAUAUGAUGAAAAGCAAAGUGACAUUUUAAUUUUCAGUUCAGAUGACCCUUUUGUGCCUGCUGAUAAAAUACCUAAAUUGGUGAAUUCAGUCAUUUCAAGUAACUGUGCUGAUGACAUUUUGAAAAGUGAAGAAUCCUAUAGGACCUGUCUUUCCAGCAUUUUAAGUUGUGAAAAUAUAGACGCAAAGUGGCUGUCCUCACUUGACACUGAUAGUAAUAACAGCCAUAAUCAAAAGAAGAGGAUGUUUUCAGAAAACAAAGAAAAUGUUAAGCGUGUGAAAACUUCAGAACAAAUUAAUGAAAAUAUUUCUUUAGCUCUGGAAAAGCAAACAGCUUUGCUGGAACAGGUCAGACAUUUGGUUCGACAGGAGAUCUAUAGUAUAAAUUACAAACUAUUUGAUAACAAACUGAGAGAAUUGACUGAACGCAUUGGGAAGACACAGUGCAAGAACAAACAUGAAGCAAUAGCAGAUGAACUCUUCGCAAAAAUAAGAAGACUUCAAAGACGUGUUAAAGCGGUGUUAUCUCAAAGGCAUUUUGUGGAACCAAACGUGGUAUCCAACAAUACAGUUUGUAAGGUUGCAAAUUCAGAGACGAUGAAUUUGGAUAAGAAUCCAGAGUCAGUUAAUAGUCCACAGGAAAGGGAAACUGUGGAAUCUGAAACUUCUAAUCGUUCAGAAAAAGCAAGUGAAAAGAGUCAUUGGUCACAGGAACAUAAUGAAGCUGUUUCUGAAAGUAAUGAUGAUGUCCUGUUGAUUUCUGUGGAAAGUCCUAAUUUGACAACUCCAGUUACAUCAAACCCAAUAGCUGCUGGAAAAAUUACAUCAGGAAAUUCUAACAAUUCAGCUGAUGCUGAAAACAGAGCUAAGGCUAUAGAGAAGAAGCAACAUGAUUCUGUGAUUGAUCUGACGAAAGAAGUCCUGUCAGACUGCAACCCAGAAAGCCCAGUAUCCACCCUUGAGUCACCUAUGAAAGCUGUUUCAGUCUCAAAAGAGACAACCCAAGUGUCACAAAAUGCAGCCCAGGUUCUAGAGUCCUUUGAGCACCUGCCACCUCUCCCGGAGCCGCCGCCACCGCUGCCAGAGCUGGCAGACAAAGUCCGCGACACGCUUCCUCCACAGAAGCCUGAGCUCAAAGUAAAACGGGUGCUGCGGCCCAGGGGCAUCGCCCUGACGUGGAACAUCACCAAAAUCAACCCCAAGUGUGCCCCCGUGGAAAGCUACCACCUCUUCCUGUGCCAUGAGAACCCUAGUAAUAAGCUGAUCUGGAAGAAAAUUGGAGAAAUUAAAGCUUUACCACUCCCAAUGGCCUGUACUUUAUCUCAGUUUUUAGCUUCCAGCAAGUAUUAUUUUACUGUCCAAUCGAAAGACAUUUUUGGGCGAUAUGGACCGUUUUGUGAUAUAAAAUCCAUUCCUGGGUUUUCUGAAAAUCUUACCUAA